AUGGAAUACAUCACACGAGAGCCUUGCGGCCAGGAUGGGUGCCGUGAAACUCGCUUUUACCUUGACAACGGUCUGUGGUUCUGCAGACGCGGCCACCAGCAGCUGGGCCGACAAGUAGAGGAAGACCCCGACGAUUUCGGGACGCAGGGCAAGACAAACCGGGUGAAGAAACCCGUUGUCGAAAAGACGCAGAAAAAAUACCGUGGCCGUCAGGCUCAUCGCCUCUAUCUGCAUAUUUAUCAAUUUAUCCUCUUCAAGCAGUGCCAUGCUUUGGUCAACGAGCGAGGUUUUCCUCCACAACUACAGAAUGUUGUCCGCGAUCUCUGGGCCCUCCGCUUGGAGACCUAUGCUUUUAAAAUCGCUGAUCCCGCUGAUGAAGACUCGCAACCCGAGUAUUUCAGUUCCCAGCCGACUAGUGCCCGUGAAGACACGGAUACGGAGGGGUUCAAGGCGCGCGGCAAGGUUGUUCAAUGGCCUCGCCUCAUUGAUACACUAGGUCUUUGCUACCUUGCAACUCUGCUCAUGAGGCUUCCUGUGAAAAUUGCGGACUUCCACCGGCUGGCCACGCGCAACGAUAUACCUUACUAUAGGGUGUUGAAUACUAUUCCGCGCGAUAUGAGAGAAAAGCUGCCGCAGCAGUACAUGGCUCUAUUUGAGACUACGAGCCUUCUUAAAUGUGAGGAUCUCCAUGCGGCAGUCUAUGACCUCGUGUCUUACUAUCGUCGCCGGUUUGAGAUGCAAUUUCCGCCGUUGAAUGCUCCUGCUCUGUUCUACAGGCUUAUUAGGAGACUCGCACUGCCAGUUGACAUAUAUCCCGCCACAAAAACACUCCAGACACUACUUGGCUUCACGUUAGAGUACCCAAGCAGGGCCGCCGGAAAAAGAAAACAUCUUGACAUGCCUGAACUCCAGCUGGCUACUCUUGUUGUCAUUGCAACGAAGCUGCUGUUUCCGUUCGACGGCCUUCAACGCCACCCCACUUCUACGCAGGAGCCAGCUGCUCAGACAAUUGACUGGAAAGCUUGGGCAGAAUUGCAGCAGCGCUUCAACAAACGAGAUGCCGCGGCCGGGCGAAUCGGCAAGGGCAACGAGAUUUACGUCCUUGAUCAAGAUGUAUGGGCGAUGAACACAAAGCAGCUGGAUGAGUACAUGGAUUGGUACGAGAGCUCCUGGCUUGACACCAGCAAAGAACCUGGUCCACUCGAUCCGUUAUUCCCGCUCGGUUCAACCGCCAGAGAGAAUAGACCAAGUACAUCUACAGAGCAAGACAAUGUAGAGGACGCGAUUGACGCUAUGCUGAAGAAGACUUCGCAUUUCCUCCAAUCCCGGCCUGUUGUUGGUGACGCAGACGAGGACAUACCAAGGCCGGGUUCGCAUAAUGCGCGUUACAGGACGAAAUCAGAAUUACCACGCUCAGCCCGAGUGUUCUACAAAACCGCGGCUCAAGUUACGGGAAUUGCUUUGGAGACGCUUGUUCACUGUGUUAAUCAGGCUGAGGUUCAGAUCUUGAAGCGGUGGCAGGAGCAGAGGCGUAUCGAGCAUUUCGCCGCGCAGUCGAUGGUCGAGUUGGAAGAUUCUGAUACUGAUGAAGAUAUGGACCUGCAGAUUUUCGUCAAGACCCUGACGGGUAAGACCAUUACCCUCGACGUCGAGUCGAGCGACACCAUCGACAACGUCAAGACCAAGAUCCAGGACAAGGAGGGUAUCCCCCCGGACCAGCAGCGCCUGAUCUUCGCCGGCAAGCAGCUUGAGGAUGGCCGUACCCUGAGCGACUACAACAUCCAGAAGGAGUCCACUCUCCACCUGGUCCUCCGUCUCCGUGGUGGUAUCAUCGAGCCUUCCCUCAAGGCCCUCGCCUCCAAGUACAACUGCGAGAAGAACAUCUGCCGCAAGUGCUACGCUCGUCUCCCUCCCCGUGCCACCAACUGCCGUAAGCGCAAGUGCGGCCACACCAACCAGUUGCGCCCCAAGAAGAAGCUCAAAUAA